GUAAUUGUUGAGUAUGCGCAACCCGCACUUCAGUGUUUAGAUUUCUGGGGAAUGGAGCAGGAAGGUAUAAUGGCGAAAAUCUGCUUUGUAGCAGUAAUUUUGCUUGUCGCGACAACAUCUGUUAUUGCUCAAGCAACAGAAAAUAAUGAACAAUGCACUGGUGAAAGCCAUGAAAUAACUUUUGAGGCAAACAACGAAGAAGAAUUGAGAAAAAAGCUUGAAGACAUCUUUACACCGAUUUUAACCAACAAUCCAAAUGCUGAUUUGUCAAUUUCUUUAGAUCUUGAUCAAAAUGGUGCGAAAUAUCCCUCAACAACAACCCAGCAAGAUACCACUACAGCAUGCAUUGGUGUUACUCACAACUCAACAUGUUAUGUUGUGAUCUAUAAUAACCGUACUAGCUAUUAUCUGAGUGGAGCUGAAUCGGCGUGCAAAGCUCAAGGAUGGGUGAUAGCUGAUAUUUUCGAUGCCUCACAUUACGAUAUUAUUGUCAAUUACAUACGUAAAAGGAUUUUGAUUUCCCAUUUCUUUCCUAGCAUAUUCCUGUGGACCGGGAUGACAUACAAAGAAAAUCAAGUAGUGCUCACUAUGGGUGAAAAUAUCACCCUACCUGAUCGAAUAUGGUUCCCGGAUUAUCCUUACAAAAACGACGCUUCACGUUCUCUCAUCAGAAUUUGGGUUGAUGUCGAUCCCAAAUCAAAAACCCAAGGUCUUCAAAACUGGCUGAUCGCCUACAGUUAUGGAGUUCUCUGCCGAGUACCCUAAGUUGAUCACGAAAUACACUUAAACUUCUCUUGACGCAAAUAAAAAGAUGAUAUAAACUAACUUCUCUAUUUACCUUUUGUUAUUGAUGUGAUAUCGAAAAUUUAAAAACCAAAUCAAUGAACAUACAUGUGAAAAGUCAUAUUUUGAAUCAAGCCGCAAAGAGUUGAAACCCUUUUUGGUUACCGAAUAGAUUACCAGGCCCCUGUCUUUUAAUUAAGAUCUUUUGAUCGACUUAUUUUCAUCUAAAUACUAAGUAGCUGUAGCCUAUAAAACUGCAAUUCUCACAAAUGACGGACUUAAAAAGAUAAGACUUGGUAAACUGGAAAAAAUAACCGGACUAAUUAUAGGAUAAGAUAUGAUUUACAAUUUUUAUCCCCGGGGAGAGGAAGGUAGAUUAGACUGCUUAAUCAUAUUCCGGUUAGCAGUCCAUGUCGAUUAUGGGAAUAGUUGGUCAAUUAUUUGUUCCAGAUGAAUGGGCUUGUUAGUGGAUGAAUCCGAAACCGACAAGCGUUUACGAUACAUCACACUCACUGUUAUAAAUACGUCGGCUAGUAUUGAUAGCAUUCAAAUUCUUUGUGGUCCUUGUGUAUACAUUGUAGAAUUAUGCUUAACCUCUCCAAUUAAUAUCUUAACACUCACAAGUAUUCUUUUGGCUUUAAAUGAACUGUUUACCUAUUGAAAAAAAUAUCUAUAUUU